AUGGACCCUUCAUUUCACAGACCCUACUCAUUUGAGUAUGCACGACAAAGCGAGGAAAGCGACAGCAUGAAUGGAGAUCCUUCUCAUCGGAGUCCACAGCCCGUACAUGAGCAGGCAGUCUCCCUUCUUUACCCAGCCGACACCUCUGCACACUCUCUUGGUCCUUUCGCAGACCCGGUCCCUCCCAGGGGAGUCACUCAAAGAUCCUACAGCACUUUAUCGGCGGAGGCGAAUGACCCCGAAGCCGAUUUCAUGGAUUCACAAGAUAUGCCUGGCCAGUUCAAAUUGCAAAACUUUCCUUGCCAGGGCUCCGCUAUUGCUUCUUCGAACGACUCGGCGCCACAACACAAGAGCAGUACCAUUCGCCGAUAUCCGACGCGUCGUAUCAAGUUGGUACAGGGCUCCGUCUUGAGCGUCAACUAUCCGGUACCGAGUCCCAUUCGCAAUGCUAUCCAGCCGGAAUACCGAGAUGCUGGGGGUGAGCUUUCAGAGGAGUUUACACAAAUGAGAUAUACUGCCGCCACCUGCGAUCCUGAUGAGUUUACGCUACGCAAUGGUUACAAUCUACGUCCUUCGAUGUACAACAGACAUACCGAGCUCCUCAUUGCGAUCACUUACUACAACGAGGAUAAGGUCCUCACCGCGAGAACUCUCCACGGCGUUAUGCAAAAUGUCAGAGACAUCGUCAAUUUGAAGAAAACGGAGUUUUGGAACAGAGGAGGUCCCGCUUGGCAGAAGAUCGUCGUCUGCCUAGUCUUCGAUGGGAUGGACCCGUGCGAUAAGAAUACACUCGAUGUUCUGGCAACUAUCGGGGUGUUUCAAGACGGAGUCAUGAAGCAGGAUGUGGAUGGAAGAGAGACUGUGGCGCACAUUUUUGAAUAUACUACUCAACUAUCGAUUACCCCCAAGCAAGAGCUGGUGCGCCCAUAUAAAGACAACCCAAUGAACCUGCCGCCAGUACAAAUGAUAUUUUGUCUCAAAAACAAGAACACAAAAAAGAUCAACUCUCAUCGAUGGUUAUUUAAUGCGUUUGGACGCAUACUCAACCCUGAGAUCUGCAUACUCAUCGAUGCAGGUACAAAACCUGGUGCCAAGUCUUUACUUGCCUUAUGGCAAGCGUUUUACAACGAUAAGAAUCUCGGCGGAGCCUGCGGCGAGAUCCAUGCACUUCUCGGCCACCGAUGGAAAAAGCUCAUGAACCCAUUGGUUGCAGCCCAAAACUUCGAAUACAAAAUUUCCAACAUCUUGGAUAAACCAUUAGAGAGCAGUUUUGGCUAUGUCAGUGUACUUCCGGGCGCGUUCUCAGCCUACCGCUACCGGGCGAUCAUGGGCCGACCGUUGGAACAGUAUUUCCAUGGUGACCAUACGCUUUCUAGCAAAUUGGGCAAAAAGGGCAUUGACGGAAUGAAUAUCUUCAAAAAGAAUAUGUUUCUUGCUGAAGAUCGCAUUCUUUGUUUUGAAUUGGUUGCCAAAGCUGGCAGUCAGUGGCGGUUAACAUAUGUGAAACCAUCGAAAGGAGAGACUGAUGUGCCAGAGCUGCCAGCAGAAUUUUUGAGUCAGCGUCGACGCUGGCUGAAUGGCUCUUUUGCUGCAUCUCUCUACUCGGUUAUUCAUUUCAAUCGCAUCUAUCAUAGCGGACAUGGGAUCUUUCGAUUGGUCGCUCUCCAUGUUCAACUACUCUAUAAUAUCUGUCAGCUGGUCAUGACAUGGUUUUCAUUGGCGUCAUAUUGGCUCACAAGUUCGGUCAUUUUGGAUAUUGUUGGAACGCCCAGUGGGUCAAACAAAUUCCAUGGAUGGCCUUUUGGCAAUGAUGCGACUCCGAUCGUCAAUAAUUUUUUGAAGAUCGGUUACUUAGCAUUCCUCAUGCUUCAAUUUAUCCUUGCGCUCGGAAACCGACCAAAAGGAUCCAAAUUCCUGUAUACACUCUCGUUUGUGUAUUUCUCAGUAGUACAAGCUUAUCUCUUGGUUCUCUCAUUCUAUCUCGUCGCGCAAGCAUUGACGCCGGAAAAUCUUGAUUUCGAUUUCGAUCAUGGUUUCUCAGCCCUGAUCUCCGGAUUCAUUGGAUCCACCGGCGGAAUUGUCUUGGUGGCUUUGGUAUCAACCUACGGAAUCUACUUCAUUGCCAGCAUUCUCUAUGCUGAUCCAUGGCACAUGUUUACUUCAUCCUGGGCCUAUUUCCUUGGUAUGCCAUCGACCAUUAAUGUGCUCAUGGUGUAUGCAUUUUGCAACUGGCAUGAUGUUUCUUGGGGCACGAAAGGAUCAGACGCACCGGAAAAGCUUCCAUCGGCCCAAACGAAAAAGGACGAUGAGACUCCGUUCGUUGAGGAGUUGGAAAAGCCGCAAAUUGACAUCGACGAACAAUUUGCUUCCACUGUGAAGCGAGCACUGACACCAUGGAAAGAACCGGAUGAUAAUGAGGGCGUGGCACUUGACGACUCAUAUAAAGCAUUCAGGACUAAUCUGGUCUUGUUGUGGACAUUCAGCAAUGGCCUUCUGGCAUUGUGUAUCAACAACAGCAGUAUCUCCAGGCUAUGUUUGACGGUAUGCUGGGCUCUUUCUAUCUUAGAUACAUCGGCUAACGGAUCUAGUCCACAUCUACAACUCGCACGGCGUGGUAUUUCAGAUGUAUUUUGUGGGGUACAUCUGGUCUUUCCAUCUUCCGUUUCUUUGGGGCACUCUACUUUUUAG